GUAAGCCGGUCUUUCGAAUGGUUCAACCUGCGUUGAGUUGGGACGGUUUGGUGCGCACAUCACUUCUUCAGAACAUCGCCGUGCAGAUCGUUGUUGUUGAACGUCGUCGCGUCGUCGAGGAUACGUUUUUUUUGCGCUCUGAAUGUCUUCUGAGUGUUGUCUUAGUUAUUUUCGCGGUGCUCUUCUUCGCGACCGGUAAUCGAUACAUAUUCGACGGGCAAGAACCGGCUUUUUGGGCAAAUUUCGCGAUCGUUAUCUUUGGCUCGAUUCGAACGCUCCGGCGUUGAUCCUGAGGAUGCAGUUUUGCAACGUCCAUUCGAGAGUUCGGCAGCAGUGACAGCUAUUCAGACGAUCAACGUGCCUUCUUAAACCGCAAUCGCCUCAAACGGAUAGAAUCGGAAUUCAUUUGAAUAAUUUGGCUUGGGUGACAGGAAGUGAUAUUUAUUACCUGACGGGAUGAGGAUGGUGCAAGUUUCCUUGUGUGGAUCGUGAGAAUUAUUCCGAGUGGAAUACGUUAAAGGUGAAGAAUAGACGGUUCGUCUCAGUUUGUGUGCCUAAAAUUUAAAAAUUGUUAUGAAUACAAAGAAGGUCGAUUGCUGAAGCAAAUAAUUUAAUUAGCGCGAGUGGAUGAGUGCGUUAAUGCUAUAAUCAAGGAAAAUAGAGCUUGAUGAUAAUUAUUUUGAAAAGUUUUGUGAGAAAUAUCGAAGAGGUAGCAAUCGAUGUUAGUACGCCCUAGGUAUUCUUCUGUGUGUUGGGAAGUGCUGUGUGGAGCAGAGAAAUCUCCAAAGUGCUCGAGGGGUGAUUUUCCAAUCCAUCCAAUCAAAAUAUAAUCAACGGCAAAGGCGAAGGAAAACAUAGAUAUGGGCAAAUUAAGCAAUUACAGCUACGGUGCUGCUGCUGUUGCUUCUCUACUGCUGCUUCUGGGCCACAUUGGCGCGGUUUUCGGCAAUCUAGAACCCAUCCACCACAAGUGGUCGAGGUCGGAGAUUAUGGAUGGUAACGGGUUAUACCUGCUGGAAUGGAAGGUCGACCAGAAGGAUAUAGUGUUCACGGUGACGGUCAAUACACGUGGAUUUAUCGGUCUGGGAUUCUCGUACAAGAGCGAACGGAUGAGCGGCUCGGAUUUGGUGCUCGCCUGGGUGGACGACCGCACUGGGAAACCCAACGUUCUGGACUGCCACGGUGGCAAGGAUAGCCGACGGGCACCGAUUCAGGAUGACACACAGAACUACCAGGUGGAAAGUGGAUACCAAAAUCUGACACAUACCACCGUCACGUUUCGACGCCCGCUUGAGACGUGCGAUCCACAUGACGUGAUUAUCGGGACCGACACGAUGAAAGUUUUGUGGUCCUACGGUGAUCGCGAUCCAGUACACGGGGAUUUAAAGGAUCAUGGGAAAAAUCGUGGCGCACGUUCUAUUCACUUUUUGGGGCCAUCAUUCAAAAAACCGACGGAACCGCAACUGAAAAACGACAUGCGCCAGUGGGACGUUACGGUGAAAAACGUUUCCAUCGAUGCCAGUAUGGACACGUUGUAUUGGUGCAAAAUCCUGAAGGCACCGACUCUCCGCGAGAAACAUCACAUCAUUGGAUACGAAGCAAUUCUGACCAAGGAAAGCUCGACGAAACAACCGCUUGUGCACCAUAUGACUCUGUUCGAGUGCUCACCGAACUCCUAUCCCGGAUCGGACCCAAAUUCGUGGGACGUGUGGGUUAAAAGCAGCGGAGCAGUUUGCAACAGUAAUCUCCUUACACCACGUGACUGGGAUUCCUGUAUUACACCGGUAGCCACGUGGGGCGUCGGAGCCUCGGGACAAUUCCUUCCCGAACAUAUCGGUAUUCCAAUCGGUGGCAACAAAGGAGGAGCAAAGUACUAUAUGCUUGAAGUGCACUACGACAACCCGAGAGCCAAACGCGUCUUGGACCACUCUGGAUUCCGGAUGCACUACACGAGGCAUGUUAGGCAGCACGACGCGGGUAUGAUGAUUUCCGGAGUUUCAAUUUCCGACACCCAGAUGAUUCCGCCAGGUCAGAAAUUGUAUCGAAAUGUAGGCAUCUGCGGUCCAUCCUGUACGGGAGCCGUAUUUCCAGAAGAUGGAAUUAAUAUCGUAUCGGCAGCGUUACAUUCCCAUGUAGCCGGUCGCAAAAUGAAACUUAGGCACGUACGGGAUGGGAAAGAACUUCCACGGAUAGUAGAAGACGAUAACUACGAUCAAAGCUUCCAGCAAAUUCGGCAGUUGGAAAAUGAGACCACUAUUCUUCCCGGUGACUAUCUGAUAACGGACUGUGCUUAUGAGACCAUUGGAAGAAAACGACCAACACUUGGUGGUUACUCAACAAAGCAAGAAAUGUGUCUUUCCUUCAUCACAUACUAUCCGAAAAUUGACUUAGCAGGUUGCUACAGCAUGACUCCAGUGAAAGAGUUCUUCGAAACGUUUGGAGUGUUCCAAUUUUAUUCAAUGAACAUGACCGACGUUGAAAAUCUGUUCCUAUACAAUGGUAACAUUCUCGACCUGCUCCCAACCACGGUGUUUCCCAAUUUCGCUCCUGGCGGUGACAUUGAUGACGAGCAGAAUCAGAUUGCCAUCAAGGCCCUUCAAAAUGCGAAAGAAUACAGCAUCGUAGAUGAGGAAGAUAUUCUGUACAAGGAAUCCAUUCUGAACAAGCUGAUCAUCUCGGACCCGGUGGAGUUUCACGACCGGACGUUUUUGUCGCAUUUGAAUCAAUUGCCAUGGCAGGAGCCACUGUUCACAAGGCGAGUGGAGCAGAGCAUUCUCACAGGGAAGCAUAUGACUUUCUGCAGAGUUUCUAAUGAAUCUAUUUCUGUGGCUGCAGAAAUAUUCAAAUACCCUUCGUUUGAGGCGUUUGUCAAACCCCCCAGCCACUGUCCGUACCACCAUUUCAUGGAGUUCAAUCAAUCGUCAGCGGCGAGGAAAUUAUCCAGCACAAAGGCGCUCAUUUUACUGCUACUGUUAGUUGUUCGUCGCUAUCUUUAAAUCGAUCGAAUGUAUCACAAUGCCAUCACAGUCUUCAAUUCUAUCAAUCUGCAAACUUUUCACCUUUAGCCAUCAUGCUUAACAUCUCUUGCGUGUUUUAAUUUAUUUUACCUCCUACAAAACCAUCCAUCCUCAUUAUCUUCUUUUACUUACUCCUUCGAACGCUGUUUAAAUUUAGCACAUUUCAUUUACUGCUUAAGCUCUAUAAUUUAUUCAAUCUAUUUAAUAAUCUCUUCAUCACUUUGCCGAUAAAACUAACUAUUAUAAUAAAUCAAUCUUGUUUGAUGAACCUUACAUCUUUUACUCAUAGGUAUUUUAUAACGAACUUCUUUACCCAACUAAACUAUUUAUCUAUGAAAAUCUUGUCAAAAGACAAAAGUAUGCCAAAGUUUAAUAUAAUUUUCUACGAAAAUUUGACUAACUACUGAUAAAAUCCGUCAAGACCUAAUUCUGUGCAUUUUUCGUUAAACAAUAAUUGGGUACGAAGGUAACCAUGAUAAACCUAAAACAUAUUAUUUAAUAAUGCACUGAAUUAUGAUAAAUUUAGGUAGAUUGUAUUAAGCCAGCUGGCUUACACUGGAGCUCAAUUAUAGCUAAGAAUUGAACUGGUUAUAAAACAGAUUUAUCUCAUUUGUAAUAAUCCCAUUGUUCACGUGCGGCACCUUAAUUUAGGAGUAAAAAGUCAAAAAAUGAAGUUUUUAGAUGUAAGUUUUGUAUUGUUUCAAUGUACAUAAAUUAUCACUUAUUCAGCUGAGAACUCGAAGAAAUGAUUAGUUGAAAGGUGAUUUUUCUUCUGCCGUUUAAUAUGCAGAAAUCAGUAGAACAUCGUUUUUCCUAUUAUUUAUAUUUCAACUGAAAC